AGUUGUUGAUCAGUCAUUCUUCAGGUGACCGUCGGUCCUUAUUUAUUUUACAUCCGACCAUUGCUACAAGUAAGAGUCCAUGCACACCAAACGCGGAAAUAUCUUAAGAUCUAUCAUCUGGCAAGGUAGAACUUUGACAUGGCUUCUACAUCAGAACUUGUGAAAAAGUUGAAUCUUCAACCCCACCCAGAAGGUGGAUUCUUCUGUGAAACCUUUAGAGAUGCAUCUGUCAGUCUUUCCACUUCUCAACUUCCCUCUAGAUAUAAGGUUGAUCGCCCAGUCAGCACAGCUAUCUACUUUUUACUACCAUCUGGGAGUGUUUCACAUCUUCAUCGCAUCCCAUGUGCAGAAACCUGGCAUUUUUAUUUGGGAGAACCUAUUACGGUAUUGGAAUUGAAUGAGACAGACGGGCAGGUCAAACUAACAUGCCUAGGGUCUGAUCUAACUGGAGACAACCAGCAACCACAGUACACUGUGCCUCCAAAUGUCUGGUUUGGUGCAUUUCCAACGAAGGACUACAUCAUUUCCCCAGAUGGGGCAGUUGCCAAUGCUGCACCGAGGGAGACCGAGAGCCACUUCUCUCUAGUAGGCUGCACUUGUGCCCCUGCAUUUCAGUUUCUGGAUUUUGAACUGGCAAAAUGCUCUGAGCUCAUUUCACGGUUUCCCAGUCAUGAGCAUCUCAUCUCUUUGCUCACGUAUCCUGAUUGAAGAUAAGCCCUUAGUCCUUAUUGUAGAGUAUACAUCUGAAGGAAAAUAAAAGCCUGUACCAGAGUUAUUUUCGAAUAAGUUUUUUUCCCCCGUAUUUUGGAUCAAGCUUAGGCUCAUAAUGGUGAUGCUGAUAAUUUUCUAUCA